AUGGAGUAUUCUCUGACGGCAAUUCCCAACGAGCUGCUGCACCAAGUGGUCAGCCAUCUGGACACGAGCUCCCUCUACAGUUUGAUGCUCUGCCGUCACCUGUACUACCACAUGUUGCUGCGCGAACUCUACCGUGAGGGUAUUUGGCAGGCGCAGCAGAUGAGCGGCAUCAAUGAGUCGACGUUGGCAGCGGCUGGCGGUCCACGCAACCCCAACAACAUGUACCCGCUGCAUUGGAUCUGCCGGAGAGGCUACACAGGCAUGUUGGCCAUGGUGCUGACGUCACCGUGGGCCAAUCCCCGAGGCGGUCGUCGCAUCAGCAGCAAUAACGACCGGCACGGCACCGGCUGGCUGGAUUUGGACGCGCGUGACCACAUGUCUUGCUCGCCCGUGUGGCACGCCGUGGCUGAAGGCCACACAAUCGUGGUGGCACAACUGCUGGCGGCCGGUGGUUUCCCGUUGACGCCUCAAUACCACGGCCGCACGGUACUUUCGCUCGCUGCGGGCAUGGGACAUCUUGUGAUCGUGCGGAUGUUGAUGGCGGCCUUUGAAAACGACGAGAAGCUGCAGCCGACGGCCGAGAUGGUGGCAGAGCGCGACGUGCCCGACUGCGACGGAUAUGCGCCGCUGACGCACGCAUGCCGUAGAGGACACUUUGAUAUUGUGCGGCUACUGUUAGCGGACGAAGACGAAGAUGACGAGGAUGACUUUGAGAUAGAGACGGAAGACGACGAGCAAGAAAGACCGGAAGGAGCGGACGGGCGGGUGGACCGUUAUGGCUACACGGUGGACGAUGACCUUUGGGCGGAUAAUUCGUACGUCGGCUGCUCGCCGCUGAUGCAGGCGGUGAUCUACGGCCAUGCGGACGUGGUGGCACUUCUGCUGCGCCACGGGGUUGCAGACGCAGACCUGCCGACGUAUGAGCUGCGCACACCGCUUUCGAUUGCAGCCGAGAACGGCGACGUGAUCGUGGCCUCGCUGCUACUGUCGACCAACACUGCCAAGGCCGACGAGGAGGAGGAUGGUGGAUUUGGUGGCGACUUUGGUGAGGGUUCUUCCGGUGGUUCGUCAGGCCAAGCCGAGGGUGCAGUCGGUCAGUUGGGCAGCAAUGGGCAGGAGGGCAGUGAAGAUGACGAAAUGGACGAUUACGACAGCGACUAUGCGGACAACGACGACAAUAUUGUAGUGGACGUCAACCGCACUGACAAUCUGGGGCGCACGGCGCUGAUGUACGCGAUCCAGGCCGGAUCGGAGGCGGUGGUGCAACUGCUGCUGGUGCAGCCGGAUAUUGACGUGAUUCGCCAUGACCGGACAGGCCGCACGGCCCUCAUGUGGGCGGAGGCAGAGGAGAAGAAGCAGCUGGAGGAGGAGGCGGAGAGGGAGAGGAGAAUGGGAAAGGGGAAGGGGCGAGAAGAGCCAAUGUACGGGCAGAUGCAUGUGUAUGCGCAUAUGCACUCGCAUCUGCACUCGCACCUGCACUCGCAACUUCACAUGCAUCUGCAUGCACAUACGCGCUCAACGAUCCGGGCGCUCGUCGAGGCGGCAGCAAAGCUACAGACCGAAACCAACCGACGACUUCACGACGAGAUGACCGAGCGCGAAUGGCCUCUUCGCGGGGCGAAGCCCGGAGAAUUUGCAGGACUUUCACCUUUUUCUCCCCGAAACGCCGAUACGAACACACACUAA